AUGAAAUACCGAUACUUAUUUAAAGAAGAAAAACAGUUGGAAAGUGCACUUGAAGUUGAUAAAAAUGAAACUGACAAUAUUUAUGAAGAGUUAAUGAGUAUUGGGUUUGAUAGCUUGGAUGCAUCAAUAGCAUUAAAAACUAUUGAUAUUAAAGAUUCAAAUGCAAUGAAUUUAAAACAUCCAAUAAUUCCAAAAAUCACUGGGCCACAUUCUAAUUCAAAUUUAAAAGCAAAAAAAUCACCUAUAGAUAUUAAUAAAGAUGUUGACGUUGAUGAUAUUGACGAUUUCUUGAGAUCACUUGAUAAUGAACCACAAACUGCAAAACCAAGUAUAAAAAAUAUCGGUAAAAAGAAAAUCAACACAAUAGUUAAUAAUAAAGAUGACGAUGAAAAUUGGUUAGAUGAUAUUCUGAAGUGA